AUAUAAUCAAUUGUCUACUGCAUCAAUACUUUGUUCCUACGUAGAGCCAACGCGAGGAACGACUUCGUGAAACCUGCGUUCGUUGCGGUUAGACGCAAUGUGUUUAGGAGUUAUAUUGUAGCUUAUCUCAAGUGUUGAAGUUUGAGGACGCUUCCUUGACUCUUGGACGGAUGGUCGGCCCUUCUGAACCAGCGGGGCUGCCCCCGAAGGCGAAAUUAAAGGCUUACAAAGUCCUUGGAGAUGUUGGCGAGUUCCAGGAGCGGCUAGCGGCAACGUUGCCACCGCCAAAGGCACCUGAGCCCCCGAAUGUGUUCAACAUCAGCGACACCAGCGAGUUCCCGCCGGACGUGUGGUUUGCCGCAACUAUUUCUCCCGAUAACGGCGUGGCAGUUAUUGCAUCUUACCGGGAGCUAUGCAAGGCCAGGGCACUGUACCAGUCUCAGCUCACAAACAUCCACACGGCGCGGCGCCAGUAUGGCAUGGGCGGGAGCAUGGGCCCGGGCGCGGGCGCGCCGCUGCCGCUGCCGCCGGCGCAGCAGGCGGCGGCAGAAAACCGCACCAUUGCGGAAACGAUGCGCGUCGCAGCCGACACGCGAAAGCUGGGGAAGUUCGAGCAGCAGCAAGCCAAGUGGGACGAGGUGUCGUCCACACUGGCGUACCGCGUGGGGCGCGCACCCACAGAGCUGGCGAUGCAGCGAGGCCCCGCCUGGCGCACGCGCGCGGAGCUGACGGAGCUGCUGUACCGGGCGCAGCCACGAGACGCGCGCGGCAGCAACCCAGAUGAGGUGUGGACGGCCAGUCUGCGUGACGCCUGGGAGCGCAUCCUGCCGCUUGGAUCCAUCUUCUCAGGCCUGGCCAUCAAGAUCCGGGACCGGCCCGGCGAGCUACCUGCCACCCGUGCCGCGCGCGUGGGCCGCCCGCUGGACCCCCUGCUGGCGCCACUGGGUGGCGGCGGCACCACCCUCAGCCCAGCCACGCUGGGCCACCCCGCCGCCGCCGCGGCGCACGCGCAGCACGUGGCCACCCUGGCCGCCAACGGCGUCAUGCUGGGCGCCACAACCAACAAGCCGCCGCUGGGGCGCAGCUUAUCAGCACGCGGGCGGGCGUGGGAGGACUCGGAGAUGCUGAAGCAGCGUGUGGCCGAGUACGGCACGCGGCUGCGAGCUCUGGCACCACACGACCCUGACUUUGGAGCGCUGGUGGUGGCGGGCGAGGCGCUGGAGAGCCAGUUGGAGGCGCUGGCUGGCGCGCCCAUCACCCUGGCGGAGGUGGAGUCGCACGUGAGGGGCCACGCGCCCGAGGCCUUCGAGGCGUACAAGGCGGUCAAGGACGAAAUGGAGGCCCAGCUGCGCGCGGCGUUGGAGGCAGAAGAGGCGCAGCGCGCAGCCCAGGAGGCCGCCGCCGCAGCAGCCGCGCCGCAGCCCGGCCCGCACGUGGCCUUCAGCUCGCCCUUCGUGUCGCUGGCGUGCCACGUGGGCGAGAAGGCGCAUGGCUCCGUGACGCUGGUCAGCCGCGGCACUGCCGCCGUGAACUGGAGCUGGCGGCGGGUGCCGGCGCCGCAGCACGCGCACGCCGCCACCGAGCUGUCCCAGCCGCCGUGCUUCGCGGCCUCGCUGCAGUCAGGCGUGCUGCUGCCAGGCCAGUCACUCACCGUGGCCGUGACGUUUGAGGCGGCAGCUGCCGGCACCUACCGCGAGGCAUGGGAGCUGGUCACGCGGCCGCCGCUGCAGGGCUCGGAGGGGCCCUGCCUCACGCUGCGGCUGCGCGGCGCGGCGGAGGUGCGCGACGAGAGCGGCACGGGCCGCGGGGCGCUGGAGGAGGCCCUGGCGGAGAAGGAGAAGCGCGCCAAGGUGGCAGCGGCGCUGGAGCGUGUGCUGCGCGAUGUGCGCAUGCCGCGGCGGCCGCAGCCGCACGAGUCGGUGGAGGAGCUGGCGGCGGGUGACGCUUGGGACCGCGUCAACGGCUGCGCGGCGGGCGCGGUGGGCGGGCCGUACGCCUGGCCGCCGCUGUUCCACUCGCCCGGGGUGCAAUCGGAGUUGGCCGAGGUGUAUCGCGAGGCGGAGGCGGCGCUGGCAGCGGCACUGAAGCCGUCUGUGGACGAAGACCCCAAGAAGAAGAAGAAAGAGACGAGUGCGCGCAAGGGCAAGAAGGGCGACGAGCCGCCGCCGCCGCCGCCCAAGUACCCGCCCUCCUGGACCGAGCCGGCGCCCGCCGGCGCCGGCUGCAGCCUGGCGGUGUUGGACGAGCUGCUGACGGAGCUGGCGGCGGCGGCGCCCGCCGCCGCCGCGCCGCUGGCGGUGCGCGCCGAGGAGGCCAAGGCCCGCGCGCGCGUGCCGCCGAACAACCGAAAGGUCCUGCGCCGCGCGAUGCGGGUGCUGGUGGGCAAGAUGGUGGACGCAGUUGAGGAGAAGUUCAACGUCAUCCGUACCGAUCUGGAGGCCAAGAGCGCCGCCGAGGCGGCGGCGGCGGCCGCCGCCGCCGCGGCCGCCGCCGGUGAGGACGGCGACGACGCGGACGGCGAGGCCAGCGCCAUCUCCGUUGGCGCCGUCAAAGAAAAGGACAAGGAGAAGGAGAAGGACGGCAAGGAGAAGAAGGGCGGGGCGAAGGAGAAGCCGGGCGCCAAGGGCGGCGCCGGCAAGGACAAGAAGGGCGGCAGCGCAAGCCACACCGAUGACGGCGCGGCGCCGGAACCGGGCGCGGGACUGCCAAACGUGGAGCACCUGCAGCCCGUGUUCCAUGACAAAGCCACCACCGCGGCCAAGGCGGCAAUCAAGGCCGCGCUGAACACGCUGCUGGACGAGGUGCAUCGCCACAAGGUGGCCGCCGGUGACGCCCUGGAGGCCAACAUACGCAGCCUGGACUCCCGCAUCGAGGCCGCACAGGCAGACGCACAGGCAAACCAGGAGCCGGCGGCGGCGGAGGCCGCGGCGGCAGCGGGCUUGGCGCUGUUUGCGCCGGCGGCUGGCGGCGUGCCGGCACCCGGGCCGGGCCCGGCGGCGCGGGCGCGGUCGGCGGAGCUGGAGCAGUUGUACUGGGAGCGGCUGUGCGUGCUGCGCACGUGGACGGGGCUGGGGAUACCCACGCGCGCAGACGUCCGGUGAGGGGCGGCGGACUUGCGGCCAGGGGCAGAGAUAGAUGGCCGCUGUGUAGACGUGUGCAGGCGUGUGGCGGUGUGGAUGAUGACGUGAUUGGUGACUUGCUCAUUGUCAGGUUGGCGAGCCAGCGCAAGCAGGCGAGGCGGCGGGCCGGAGGGAAACUGCAGACAACUUUAGUAGGUGAGGCCGUGUGCAUACUGUUACUUUGAGGCGCAGGCCCUGCACCCCUUACCAAGCUUUGUUUCUACUGUUAUGAGUAUCUCUCUCACCGUCUGACGGCAAGGUAGGAAGGCUGUCCAGCGCAGUUACACGGAUUGUUGGCCCUGCCCACGAUUGUAAGGUUGCCCAGUU